CGAGAGAACGGAUAAUCGUGUAAAAUUGUGAGAUAUGAUAGUGCGCAUUGCUACUUUUCGACGCACGAUCGAUGGUUGAUGACACUGCAUCAUAAGUUUGCGGCCAGUUUGACGGUUUGUUUCAUAGCGGUUCAAAUAUGCGUACAUUGACAGUCAUUUUAUCACCUUGGACGUAAUUAUCUUAAUCUCAAAAGAGGAACAAAAAAGAAUCAAUUAUGAACACAACACUGACAUACUAUAUGUAUACGUGUGUGAUUAUUGCAGUUAAUUUGCCAAUACUAGAAAUGAGUUAUUGUGAGAACGAAUUAUCAGAUAGUUCAAGAAUUUGCAAAACAAGAUCAGAAAUGCUUAAUGACGAAUCUGAUCGAUACAGUGACGAGAAAGGUGAUUUGAACUACGAAAGUAGUAGCGAGAAUGCACGGAGAAUAUUUUUGCGACGAGAAAAAAAUCACGAUUUGGACGAACAAUUAAUUCAUUUCCUUAAAAUUAAAGAGAAGCAGCCUCCUAAUUGGCACAGUGUACAGGAAGUGAUAAAUCGUCAAAUUGGUAGUAACCCAUUAUUCCACAGAAGAUUCUACGGUUCUUUACUUGCAGUAGAGCGGCUCUCAUUUAGCCAUAAGUUUACUGCGGUUAAGGGUCAUGAAGUAACUACCUUAAACUUUAAUCAAGAAGGAAAUUUAUUGGCAAAUGCUUGUGCUGAUACUUCGGAAAUAUUUAUUUGGGAUUGGGCUGUGUCAAAAAAACGUUGCUUUACAAGUGGUCACACAAAUACUAUUUGGGAUGUCAAGUGGUUACCAUUAAACACGGAACGUUUGGUCACUUGUGCUAGUGACGGGGUACGUUUAUUGAAUCUUAACUCUAACAUUUCGGAAAUAUUAGCGGUAUACGACGGUUAUCGACCGAGAAAAUUGGCUGUUCAUCCUGAAAUGCCCAAUACGGUCUUUUCUGCUGGACAAAAAGGGAAGAUAGUUUCAAUAGAUGUCCGAGAGAAAGAAAGAAUCGAGUUACUUACUGUAUACAGGGAAGGUACUGAAUCAAAGAUAGAUCUAUUCAAUAUACAUUUUAAUCCUUUAGACAGUAAUGAAUUUUGUGUCAGCGGCUACUGCCAAUAUGUAAGGGUAUACGAUCGGCGACAAGUUCAGCAGCCGCUUUGUACAUUGUGUCCCGAUCAUUUGAGGAAUCAAUAUAAGCAUCACGUACUAUACUGUGUAUAUAAUCAUGAUGGAACAGAAAUUGUUGCAUCGUAUGGACCAUACGAGGACGUUUACCUAUUUGAUAAAAAAAAAAUUUUUAUAAAUGAAUCAACUGUAAUGAUAGAUAGAAGAUACGUUCGUAAACUUCAGGAUGCCAGAAUAUCAAUGGAAGCUAAGGAAGCCAUUUUCUUUGGACCUAAAAGCGAAUAUGUAAUAUCUGGAGCUUGCUGCGGUUAUUUAUUCAUUUGGGACAAAAAUACGAAAACUCUUGUGCAACAGCUGAAAAAUAAUUAUAAAGAUAUAUUCUAUUUAAAGGCACAUCCAUUUUUUCCUAUUCUUGCAACACAAAUGAAUGACGAUAUCGGAAUAUGGAUGCCUUGCCAGAAAAAUUUCCGGAUAAGGAAUCAUUCGCUUCUACAUCAAGUGGAGAAUGAGAAUGGAAAAAAUAGCUAAUAUGUGAUUAUGGAAAUAAAGAUGAAAGCUUGGAUAACUUCAACACAUCAUCUGAAGAUAGUUCUAAUUAAUUCUUACAACACAAUGUAAAAACACCAUAUAUCAGCAUGUCUCCGGAACCUGCGCCUAAACGUUUAUUGCAUUUUUAAAAUAAUUAAAAAAUUCUCUUAAACUUUAGGAAUAUACAUUUAAGAUUGUAGAACAAAUGUGUUGUAUUUUAAACAAAAUAAAUUGUAUAACUUAAUUAUUAAAGUUUAAUUGCAAAAUAAA